AUGGAACCCGAUACAGAAGAAGACACUGAAACGACCGAAACCUUUAGCACGCAAGAAGCUAAUACCGAAAACGACCCUGAAACGACUGAAUAUUUUAGCACGUUGGAAUCAAGCGAGACAUUUGUUGAAUCGGACACAACAGAAUUCGAAACAUCGGAAGCUGACGAACUGAGUACAGAGGAAUCAAGAGAUACAGACUCCGAAUCAACCGAGAAUCCAGCAGAAUCAAGCGGAGCGGAAUUUAAAACCGCAGAAGCUGACAUAACAUCUGAAUCAAGCGGCCCAGAGUGGGAGUCCACAGAGAUAUUUGUAGAAGGGAGUACUGCUGAAUCCGAGACAUUCAAUACCGACUUAGAACCUGAAUCAACCACACCCCACUCAAGCGAGACAGAGAUUGACUCCACCGAGGCUUUUAUUGAAUCAACUAGUACUGAGCCGGAAACAUCAGAAACCUACUUACCAGAAUCCGGUGACGAAUCAUCUUCAGAGUGUUCCAGUAUGGACUCCGAAACUAAGGAUCCUUCGCAUAUUAGUCCAGAAUCGACUAUAUUGGAAUCAAGCAAUGUUCCACUAACCGAUACUAGUUCCCGUUGCAACAACAACGAUUCAAGUGCUUGGAGUAAGCCGUGUGUUGCUAGUUCUACCAAAACGAGAACGGACAAGACUGUGUCAACGAAGACAGUGGAAACCACUUUCAUGAUUCUGACCACGCAUGAGAAAGUAACAUGUUCUGGGGUGGUGACUACCAUUCCCAUUACAGUUGCCAGUACUAUUACACUUACGAUUGAUCUAGAUGAAGAAUCUAGUCAUGGUACCAUUGCAGCUGAUGGUAGUCAAGGAAGCGCACUUCAGUUGAGCUCAGUUGCAACUUCUACCCAAGGAAGAGCACCUCAAUCAAGCUCGGUGACAACGUCUAUCCCAGAAGCUAAUGAACCUUUGAGUUAUCAAAUGGUCAUUGACACGCCUUUUGCUGGUAUUGGGAUUAGAAUGGAAAGCGCAUCCUUUAUGAUGGAAAUUUUGUUUGGAAUCAUCCUACUAUCAGUUGUUUAUUAA